AUGGCGGCUCAUCUAUCAGACCCAGAAAAGAACCCAUCCGAGUCAAAAGCUCAUGAUGGUGUCUUCGACGGCUCUUCAACCCCCUUUGUCAAUGCUGACAAGCUUGCCCGUCGCCUGUCUGCCCGCCAGGUACAGAUGAUCGCCAUUGGCGGCACAAUCGGUACGGGUUUGUUCCUGGGUACCGGCAGCUCUCUUGCAAAGGGCGGACCCGCCUCGACUCUUAUCGCCUACGCUAUCUGCGGUGCCAUCGUCUUCAUCACUAUGCUCUGCCUGGGCGAGAUGGCCGCCUUUGUCCCCGUUGCUGGGUCCUUUUGCACAUAUGCGGGGCGGUUUGUUGAUGAUGCGCUUGGUUUUGCGCUUACUUGGAAUUAUUGGUUUAAUGAUGCUGUGUCUACGGCUUCUGAUAUUAUUGCGCUUCAACUUUUGUUGGAGUAUUGGACGGAGAAUUUCCCUGGUUGGGCCAUUAGCUUGAUCUUUUUGGUUGUGGUCAUUGCGCUGAAUAUUCUUUCCGUCCGCGUUUAUGGCGAGGUUGAAUACUGGCUCAGCUUACUUAAAGUUAUCACUAUUGUGAUCUUCAUUAUUCUCGGUAUUGUUGUCAACUGCGGCGGCAACAAGGACCACGAAUAUAUCGGCGGCAAGUACUGGCAUAUCGGAGAUGCUCCAUUCGUUGGUGGUAUUGGUGGAUUCGCCUCUGUCUUUGUCACUGCUUCAUUCGCCUAUGGCGGCACCGAGUCCAUCGCCAUCACCGCCGGUGAAACCAAGGACCCAGCCAAGAACAUGCCCAAGGUCGUGCGUAACGUCUUCUGGCGUAUCUUGCUCUUCUACCUGCUCUCCAUCCUGCUCAUCGGUCUUAACGUUCCCUACAACUACCCGGGUCUCUCCGAUGGUGACACCCGCACUAGCCCGUUCACCAUCGUUUUCCAGGAGGCUGGCAGUACCGUUGCUGGUAGCUUCAUCAACGCGGUUAUCAUGACUUCCGUCAUCUCCGCUGCCAACCACGCUCUCUUUGCUGGAUCCCGUCUGCUGUACACGCUUGCAGUCGAUGGUUAUGCGCCUCGCUUCUUCGGUCAAUUGAACCGCUUCCACGUCCCCUGGGUCGCUGUGUUGGCUACUUCCGUUAUCAGUGGACUCUGCUUCGGCGCUAGCUACAUCGGCGCCGGCAAGUUGUGGACUUGGCUGCAGAACAUCGUCGGUGUCUCGAACCAGCUUUCCUGGAUCUGUAUCGGUCUUGCAUCUCUUCGCUUCCGCAGUGCCAUUCGCGCACAGGGCCUCGAGCAUCUCCUCCCCUUCAAGAACUGGACGUACCCCUACGGUCCUAUCUUUGCUGUGGGACUGAACAUCGUUCUUGUCCUUGUCCAGGGAUGGAAAUGCUUUAGUCCGCACUUCAAGGGUGUCGACUUUGUCUCGUAUUAUAUCGAGAUUGCUAUCAUGGUUGUCAUGUUCUUGGGUUGGAAGCUGAUUAAGCGUACCCAUUUCAUUCGGAAAUCUGAGAUGGAUCUCCACACGGAUCGAUAUGAUGGUGGCGUGGACGAUGGUCAUUAUCGUGAGGAGAUUGUCGUGGAGGAGACGAGGAAGGGAUUCAUUGGCAAGGUUCAGCGCUUUGGCCAGUGGUUGUUCUUUUAG